UUAUUGAGUUCAGGGAGUUUAUGCCUGAUAUGUGGAGGAAAAAAAACGGUCAAUUUGACUGUUUCCUAGAAGCUCUCAGGAAAAUUGUACUAAAUGGUUCAUUUGCGUAGAGUUUUGUAGCUUUACCAAACCAACAUAGCGGCUAGCCUAGCUAGCAUUAUUUCAUGGCAUCUUUCCAACUCACCUUAUUUGUUGUGAUAUCUACAGCGAUUCAGCAGGUCCAGCUAACAAGCUAGCUCGGGGAUAGCAUAACCAGCUAACUGACGUUCAGUAGGAAACAUAGCUACACAGAGAUAGCUAGGUGAACGUGCCGGGUGCUUGCUAACUUCUCUAAUUUCGUGCGUUCUUGCGAUUUAAUCGAAAUAGUUUCUCUGACGAACUUUUUUCUAGCCAACAAACAAUGCAUUUCUACAACAAGUCUAAUGUUUAUUCCAUGAAUUUGACCAGAAGAUAGCUAGCUAACUUUGCUGGCUAACACCGCCUGGCUAGCUUCAGCUUGCUCGUUUUUGGUAACGUUACUCUUUGUUUUGACAAAGGACUUGACAUUUUUUUCUUCCAUAUUUGGAAUAUACCUGGGACAUUUAGUAUUUCCGGGGCCAUGUCUCCCCAGAAGCACGGUUCUUCUGACGGCGGCAACAACGUAUCGGGUCCCGCUGUGGGAUACGUUGGUACCGGUGGCGGCAGAGCGAACGGCCGUGUCUACCACCACCAGACAACUGCAGUUGUGAUGCCCGCAGCCAAGAAGCCGAAAAUGGAACUGGUUCAAGCCGAUCAUGAGUUGUUCUUGCAGGCAUUUGAAAAACCGACCCAGAUCUACAGGUUUCUCAGAACAAGGAACUUGAUAGCGCCCAUAUUUCUGCACAGAACCCUCACCUACAUGUCCCACAGAAACUCCAGAACAAACGCCAAACGGAAGUCCUCCAGGGUGGAUCACCUGCUGUACAGAGUGGAGAAGAAGAGGGCUGAGCAGAAGGCACACAGCCUGGCUUCACACCUGCAACUCACCUUCACUGGGUUCUUUCAUAAAGUCGAGAAGACAUCAGUAGACUCAGAGAAUGAGCAGAACUCUGUUUCUCUAGAGGUGCUGCUGGUUAAAGUCUGUCACAAGAAGAGGAAGGAUGUGAGCUGUCCAGUGAAACAGGUUCCUACAGGGAAGAAACAGGUGCCUCUGAACCCAGACAGCAGCACUCCCAGCAGUCAGCCCAAGCCGGGCUCCUGUCCUUCUCUGGUGGUGUCCAGUAGUGAGUUUGAUGCCAGCAACGGCCACACGGUUAAGUCCUACUCCCUGUUGUUCAGAGUGUCUGGACCAGGCAGGACGCAGCACAACGGACUGGUCAAUGGACAGACCAAUGAGAAUAUAGAGGAUGUGUGUAACAGGAAGAAGAGAAGCUCUACCGUCAGACAAGAAGUUGGAGAAACGACGUUCGUAGCUCAGAUGACUGUGUUUGAUAAGAACAGGCGUCUGCAGUUGUUAGAUGGAGAGUAUGAGGUGUCUAUGCAGCAGAUGGUGGACUGUCCUGUCAACAAGAAGAGAGCCACCUGGGAAACGAACCUGGAUGGAAAGCUCCUCCCUCCGUUUGAGACAUUCUCCAAGGGUCCUACUCUCCAGUUCACACUGCGUUGGACAGGCGAGCCCAGUGAUAGGUCCACGGCCCCUGUGGCCAAACCCCUCGCCACGCGGAACGCUGACGCUAGCAGCCUGACCUCCGACCCUAAGCCCUGCUCCCUCAGACCCACUCAGACCGUAGCUGUGAAAGACUCCUUCAGCAGUACAGAGUUUCAGAUGAGACAAGAACACACACUUGAGGAACCAAGUGACAAUCUACGCAUAUUCUACCAGUUCCUGUAUAACCACAACACACAGCAGCAGACCGAGGCUAGAGAUGACCUCCACUGUCCCUGGUGCACUCUGAACUGUAGGAUACUCUACAGUCUCCUCAAACACCUCAAACUGGCCCACAGCAGAUUCAUCUUCAACUAUGUGCCCCACCCUAAAGGAGCGAGGAUAGACGUAUCUAUUAAUGAGCGUUACGACGGGGUGCACGCUGGGAAUCCUCGGGAUAUUCACAGUCAGCCCGGCUUCGCCUUCAGCAGGAACGGACCCGUCAAGAGAUCCCCCAUCACACACAUCCUCGUCUGCAGACCGAAGCGUCUCCUCCCCCCCAGUCUGUGUGAGUUCCUGGAGGCUGAUGGAGGAGAGGGAGACCAGCAGAGAAUCAUCCCAGGUCACAACCGUCUCUACUUCCGCUCAGACAGCUGUACCCCCAAAACACCCCAGGAGGUAGAUCACGACAGUGAGGAUGAGACAGACCCCUUCUGGCUCCGAGAGAGGACCAUCAUGCAAAUCCAGGAGUUUACUCUGAACGAUGGACAGAAGGAGGUGAUUUAUGGAACCUUCACGUUAAAAGCGUUGCUGUGUGAUCGUUCUCUAGACGUUGCUGUGUGUCGUUCUCAGCAACAGCUUCUGAGACGUUGCUGUGUGUCGUUCUCUAGACGUUGCUGUGUGUCGUUCUCUAGAGCGUUGCUGUGUCGUUCUCUAGACGUUGCUGUGUGUCGUUCUCAGACGUUGCUGUGUGUCGUUCUCAGCGUUGCUGUGUGCCGUUCUCUAGACGUUGCUGUGUGUCGUUCUCUAGACGUUGCUGUGUGUCGUUCUCUAGACGUUGCUGUGUGUCGUUCUCUAGACGUUGCUGUGUGUCGUUCUCUAGACGUUGCUGUGUGUCGUUCUCUAGACGUUGCUGUGUGUCGUUCUCUAGACGUUGCUGUGUGUCGUUCUCUAGACGUUGCUGUGUGUCGUUCUCUAGACGUUGCUGUGUGUCGUUGCUGUGUGUCGUUCUCUAGCGUUGCUGUGUGUCGAAGCUUCAUCAGACGUUGCUGUGUGUCGUUGACCUCAGACGAUAGACACGUUGCGUGUCGUUCUCAGACGUUUGCUAUGAUGGAUGGAAACGUUGCUGUGUGUCGUUCUCUAGAUGUGUCGUUCUCUAGGCGUUGCUGUGUUCGUUCUCAGAAUCCGUUCAUAGGCGUUGCUGUGUGUCGUUCUCUAGACGUUUAA